UCCUUUUCCGACAAUGUUUCCAUUUUUUAGAAUUUCUGAAUUUCCUAUCAAAAUGUUUUGGUGAAUUUAUUUUCUUAUUAAGAAUUUGUUCAGCGAUAAAACAUGUCAGAAGCUUCAGAUCAUCGAGACCAUCGAUCAGAUCGAGACCGUGACCGUGACAGAGGCGUUGGUGGAAGACGACGCCCGAGGAGACGAGAUAUGUUGCCAAGUGGAAGGGGGAGAAAAGUAGAAAGGGAAUAUGAGCCACCUGAAGUUGCUAAGCCACCAAUUAUUCUAGCAAAGCCAUCACAGGAACAGACACUGAGUCAAGUAUCAACAACAAAGUCACAAGAUAAACCUGUUGUCAUGGUGAGGAAAGAUGAAGGGGAGACUACUCCACAGUUACACAGACAUUUAUCACAGCAAACACUCAUCUCUGACAGUUCUAGUCAGAGCAGACUUGCUUUACCUCCAGAGAUGAUACACCCUGUCAAACUAGUGGACGAUAAUCAGAACUGGAUAGAAACUGGAAUGGAGAUGUUAGUUGAUCAGACAGAUUUCCUAGUCAUUGGUGUAAUAGGUGGGCAAGGUGUAGGUAAAUCCACCAUUUUGUCUUUAUUGGCAGGAAACUCACCUGAAGACUCGCUCAGAAGUUACAUAUUUGCACCUCAAAAUAGAGAUUGCCAGGAAUCGUGUGUUCACCUGACUGAUGGUAUAGAUAUGUUUGUUACUGGACAGAGAGUUAUAUUCUUAGAUACUCAGCCUAUAUUGAGUGCUUCAGUCUUAGAACAGUUUAUCAAAAAUGACAAAAAAGUCUCCACAGAAUUUACAACAGUAGAGAACUAUAUGGAAAUACAAGCACUUCAACAGACAGCUUUUUUGAUGACAGUUUGUCAUAUAAUUGUAGUUGUACAGGACUGGUUUACAGAUACCAGUUUACUCAGGUUUUUACAAACAGCAGAAAUGUUGAAGCCUUCGACCCCAUCAACUAGUCAUGAUAGUUCUCCAGAAGAAAAUGCUGAUUACUUCCCUAAUGUUGUGUUUAUAUUAAACAAAGCCAAUAGAGAUGAUUUUAGUAUACAGAGUUAUGGCAGUAUGCAGUAUACACUAAAGAAGGCUUUUGAUACAUCCAAAUUAAAUAUACUAGAAGGUGUAACUAUGGCUGAUGGUAAAAUAAUUCCUGGAUUAAAUCAUAAAACAAUUGAUUUAGAUGUCAACUUGUUCUUGUUACCAAAUAUAGAUGAUAUGAAAACAGAAGCAGAUCCAAUGUCCAUGCUGUUACCAGAUUACAGGGGAUAUCCAAGUUUUGAUAACUUGAUUAAUUCUCUCCGUCAACAAAUUUAUUACAUGCCAAGGGAACACUUGACACAUGCAACUUUGUCGGAGAAAAAUUGGUUUCAUUAUGCAGCAAGAACUUGGGAUGCUGUAAAGAAGUCUCAGUUAAUGGCUGAAUAUAAUAGACUUUUACAUUGAAACAAUCAAAUGUUAUAAAGCGCACAAAGCUUACAACUGAAUCAGAUUUCUAAAUUUAUACAGACUACAAGUUUAUAGCAAAUGAUCUCUUCAAUGUAAAUUCACUUUAGAGAAGACAUUGAAAGUGAAAUAAGUGAUAGAUUCAGACUCCCAUCUUAAAGUAUCAAAGUGAAUACUAUUAACAUGCUUUGGUUGACUGUUAUUAAAAAAAAAGUUGUUGAAAAAACUCAGACUUCAAGCAAACAAAAUGAUAAAGAGAACUUUAUACUAAUAUGCAUCUAUUGAAAAUUAAUGUUGUGGUCAUGAAAGAUUCAGUUAAUAUAUGUUGUAUUA